AUGGCACCGAAAAAGAAGCUACUUUCUAUUAAAGAGAAAAUGCAAAUUAUUAAUGUUUUCGAAAAAGAAAAGUUAUCAGUACGUGGAAUUGCAAAAAGGUUCAAUAUUGACAAAACGCAAGCUGAAAUUAAUAAAAAUAAAGAAAAAAUUCGUUCUAAAUGGGAAAGCCAGCUCGGAAUAGACAGGAUGUGUUUUCAUUGGCUCGCUAAGGCUAGAAUUCAAAAAAUUCCGAUUUCUGGUCCCAUUUUGAAAGCAAAGGCAAUGGAAAUUGCAGGAAAACUGGGUGUACCUAAUUUUAAAGCUUCGGAUGGAUGGCUCUCAAAAUCUAUUAAUGUACUGGAAGCUGCAUAUUUUAUCAAAGCAUCUUGGGAUAAAGGGGAAGCCACAUCAAUCCGAAACUGCUUCCGUAAAGCAGGAUUUUUGGAAACCUUAGAGCAUCCUUCAGAUUUUGAUCCCGAAGAUGACAUUCCACUGGCAGUCUAUGGUAGGCUUCAGGAAGGACUAGAUUUGGCAAAUGAUUUCGAAGGUUUUCUCCAAAUAGAUCAAAAUGUUUUCACUGAGGACAACCAUAUAGAAAUUCAAUUUGACCAACCAGAUGAUACUAUGGACUUAAGUGAUGCAGAAGAUGAACCUUCAGAAGAAAUAAGUGACCCCAUAAYAUCAUAUGAUGAGGCUUUAAAACUUGUUGCGCGCUUGAAACAAUUUGCAAAAAAUGACUAUGUAGUUUUUCAGCAGGUUAAAAAUGUCGAGUCACUUUGA